UACCAAAAUGAUUGCUAUUCAUCUUUAGUAGUUCAGUGUAUAUUCUCUAAGUUUCUUCGAAUCUGCAUUGGGUAAUUUGUGGUGUUAGGAAUGAGCAACAAAAAUGAUUACCAAUGAGGAUGCGUGAUGGAGGAGAGUUAUUUCUGGAAGACGCUUAUCGUGGCUCUUUUGUUCAUUGUCAUUCUAACAGAAGGAAGCGCGAUCGUGAAAAAGGAGGACAUCGAAUCCAGCUUGGAGAAAAUCCACGAAGUGUCCGUCUCCUCCCUGGGAUCCCUCUGCGUCACCGAACAGUUCAAGUCGCUGUCGGUGCCCCUGGACACUUUGAGGUUAGAUUCGACCCGCCAGAAGGCCGAUUUUGCGGCCACGCUGCUGCAGGAUUUGGGCGUCACGCAUCACAACGGUCUCCAAGAUGCGAUAUCGAAGAAUCUAAUCAUCUCUGACAAGUCAGUGUUGGCCGCACGCGUAUUGGCCAUCAACGCUUCGAUUGGGACACUGGUGAAUUGCGCCUGGUGGCAGCGACAAGGUUUGGACAUUGGCGGGCCUAGGAAGCUCACGGAAAUCGGCAUGGAGAUCGGACAUCGACCCAAUACAGAAUAUCCAUGGUACGAGGACGCCGACUCCAGCCCAGGACUGAGGUCGCCGAAAUUCGUUGAAAGUCCCCCGAACGUCGCUUAUAAGGGCUGGUGGACCUACCCGUACUACUCCUGCUCCAGCAGGACUUGGCUGAUCUCUUACAGCGUUCCUGUGCCGCCGCCAGGAAGAAGAGGGCUCAAGGGAUUUCUCAGCUUAGACGUAGAUGUAUCUUACUUGGAGAUUAAUCAGUGUGAAGCUGGAAGCUGGGAAAAAGCCGGUAAUGAGAUUGCCAUGUUCCAUGGAUCCCAUAAAUGUCACAAUUCCACUACAGAGUGCAUAUAUCGACCAAGUCCGAACAUGAUUCCAUGGAUCCGAGGCAAAUAUCAAUGUAUUUGUAGACCUGGAUAUUAUUCAGAGUAUCACAAUGGCAUCUUCAAUGGUACUCUGGUAGAAGUCGCUUGGUCAGAAUAUCUGCAAAACAGUAGUGAUACAUGGAAAAAUAUAUUCCAAUGUAGACAAUGUGCUCCUGGCUGUUAUUUUUGUAAGGACCCAUCACCAUGUUUAGCAACAUAUCAUUGGCCCUUUAGAAUUGCCCUGCUAUCAUAUUCAAUUAUUUGUGUCAUCUGUACUAUAAUAUUAAAUAUGUUUAUGUUUAAACAUAGGAAACUGAAGGUAUUCAAGGUGGCAAGUCCUAUAUUUCUCAGUAUUACGCUCUUUGGCUGUGCAACUAUGUAUUUAGAGAUGGCUGCUAUCUUUCCGAUACUGGAUCAAUACUCAUGUAUAGCAACAAAAUGGUCCAGACAUUUAGGAUUCUGUGUGACAUACACAGCAUUAUUGAUGAAAACUUGGAGGGUAUCCUUAACUUAUCGUGUUAAAUCUGCUCAUAAAGUGAAGCUCACUGACAAGCAACUGCUGCAAUGGAUGAUUCCUAUUCUUCUGGUGAUGCUCAUUUAUUUGGGGACAUGGACUUUUUCCGAUACUCCCAACGCCGAAGAAAUAGUCGACAAUGAGGAGCUGCGAUUCAAACAAUGUGUUUACAAUUGGUGGGACCAUAGUUUGGCCAUUGGCGAAGUGUUAUUUUUGGCUUGGGGAAUAAGAGUGUGCUACAAUGUAAGGAACGCUGAGUCCCUGUACAACGAGGCAAGGUUGAUCAGUUAUGCAAUUUACAAUAUCGCCAUUGUGAAUAUCAUGAUGAUUGCUUUCCACUUAUUCAUCUUUCCCCGAGCUGGUCCUGAUAUCAAAUAUUUGCUAGGAUUCAUCCGAACGCAACUGUCAACAAGUACUACUAUUGCUCUCGUUUUUGGGCCCAAGGUGAUAAGGGUGCUGCGUGGUCAAGGUGACCAAUGGGACAAUAGAGCCAGGUCUCGAGGAGUAACGGCUUCCUUUUCACUUAACGGAAUUGGACUAGUUCCAGAUGAAGCACCUGAUUUAUAUCAAGAAAAUGAGGAACUAAAGGAAGAAAUCCAGAAACUGGCCGCCCAAAUCGAAUUCAUGAAGAUCGUCCACAUGGAGAGCAACAACAGGCAUGUCAAACCGAAGAGCGGCGGCUACUUCUCCUCUCUGAACGCUUCCUCGGUGGUGCAGAGCCCGCUCAGCAAGCAGGGAUACAUGCUGAGCCAGCCCGGCAAACCGCCCGACGAGCUGCUGUGACAUAACCUUAAAGGAGGGCAACCUCUGAGAGACGGGCUAGAGAGGUUCCGGCU